CUGGCAUUUCAACUUGCUGGGUCGACAAAUUCUCCAACACUCCAACGGGCCAAGCCAAAACAUUAUUCAAAGCAGAAUACUUAGUUCGGUUCAGACAGCAUUGAGAAGACGGCACGAAAACAGAAAAUAAACAAUAAUAUUUAUUAAUAUGAAAAUUACGAAAUUUACAAACAUUGCGACAUAACUCUAUUUAACAACAUGCAAUUGGCCCAAAGCACAACAAUUGUGAGCGCAAUAUAAAAUCAAUUAAUUGCAUUGCAGCAGCAUUGAGUAGACAAAAAACCGUCGAGUGCAACGCAAACGCACGGGCAUUCAAUCAAAAAAGCAUAAAAAAUAAGAAAUUGGAAACAACGAAAUAUAUAACGGUUUUUUUCUGUUGUUGUUUUUUUGUAAUAUGUCAACUGUCGCGACAAUGUCCAACAGCUAUUUUUGGUUUUACACUGUGGGUUUACUGCUGUUUUGGGUGAUUGUGAUCACUACGGCCGCGCCGCGUGCACAGAAAUCCACCACACUUGCGAAAUUUUGGGGUAAGAAUCCUGCGCAGGAGCAGCGCUUGGAAAGCAGUUGCAGGUCGCUGUGUGAACAAUGCGGCUGUAUUGGUUUCUAUUGCGGCGAGCAGUGUCUGUGCGAGUAUGACAAGCGUUUAACUAAUCGCGGAGACAGCGCGACGGGUAACGACACAAAAAUCAGCGCGCGCUCGGAGGGCGAGUGCAUUGCCGCAAUGCAGCGUAGGGCGCGCAAGCAGAGCCUACCGUUCGACAUAUUCAUACAAGGACCAAGCAGUGAGCGUUUCAUACGUACCGCCAUGAAAUACGAAAUGGAUAAGACGCGCGCCGCCGCCCAGCUGAUGAAUGCGCCCCCCAAACGCUCCACUAUCGCUAUUUACCAGCCUUAUGCGCCUACGAAGAGCAAGUCACUGAAGGCGAUCGACGCGCGUUCGCGUCGCUCCACAGAUCACUUGGAUUGGUUCAGCGAUUUCGCGAACACAUUAGUGCGUCCCGCGCCGCUGCGCAAGGCCGAUGGCAGCAAUAAGAAACGCGAGACACAGCACAGUGAAGAUGACUCUGGUGACGAGAAACCCGAUUCAUGGUUUAGCGAUCAUCCCAAUCGCUUGUUGCGUCCGGCGCCCAUUUUCCGCCGUCACAAAUCACAGAAGGAGUUUAGUGAAGAGUCGGAUGACGAGCCGCGCGACUCGCAGGAAGCGCCAAUGCCACGCGUCGGCCACUUAAUAAAGAAUACCAUCAGAAAUAUACAAGAAUCGGACUUUGGUGAGAACUUACGCGCCGGUCUGCGUGAUGGCACCGAAAUGUUGCAGAAUACAUUUCAAGGUACUAAUUUAGAACUGGUUCCCAAACGUUUACGUAACGACUUCGUUGAGGUAUUCGACUCGUGGCUGAAGAGUCAGCAAGUUACCGAGCCAAGUAUAGUGAUGCCGCCACGCACAUCGCCGCAUGUUUUCUUGCCUUGGUUCCGACCAGUGCGUUUCUUGCAACGCGUUCAACAAGCGCUGAACUGAGCGGAAAGCGCUCUGUAAUACAAGUGCACUCAUAUAUUUAGUAUGACAUUUUUAUUUAUUGAAAUAUUAUCGAGAUAUAUAUAGGCUUACGCUUUUAAUAGUUGCUGAGAUAUAUAAUGAAUAUAUAUCUGAACUUCUAGGUAUAUUUGUAUUCACAAUAUUAUAUAUACUGAAGUACUUUGUACCGUUAUUAUUUUUAAUAAAGACAUCACCUCUUAGAAAUGUA